CGCUUCCCGCUCCUAUAAAGGCUGACGCCGCGCGGCGUUGCUGGAGUGGCCUUGUCCUCCUCGUACCUCCUCUGUGGUCGGCGACCGGCAGCCUCGGGCCCGCGGUCUUGAGACCGAGCACCAUGCCUUCGAUAAAGUUGCAGAGUUCUGAUGGAGAGAUAUUUGAAGUUGAUGUAGAAAUUGCCAAACAAUCUGUGACUAUCAAGACCAUGCUGGAAGAUUUGGGAAUGGAUGAUGAGGGAGAUGAUGAUCCUGUUCCUUUACCAAAUGUUAAUGCAGCAAUUCUAAAAAAGGUCAUUCAGUGGUGCACCCAUCACAAGGAUGACCCUCCUCCUCCUGAGGAUGAUGAGAACAAAGAAAAGCGGACAGAUGAUAUUCCUGUUUGGGACCAAGAAUUCCUGAAAGUUGACCAAGGAACACUUUUCGAACUUAUUCUGGCUGCAAACCUGAGGCGCCGUGGGGCCCGUUGCCGACCCCGGACCGCCGAGAGCGCGAGUCGACCGGGGCAGGGCCGCGCGGCCUCUCGGCGCUCGCCCGAGGAGUCGUAG